AUGCCGCCUGAGAUACGGCUUGCGAUAUGGGAGUACGCGCUUGGAGACGACGAUACGUCCAUAUUGAGGAAAGCAAAUAAGCUCGCGCACGUCGUGCUUCCGCGUGACCAGCAGAGGCUCGACGAGGCGGAUCAGAAUAGGAGACGUGCUUAUCAACCGCUUUGGAGGGAAGCCGGAGCUGAGAGACGGUUCCUAGCAGAUGAUGUAACGGCCGAGUUUAACAUACUGACGUCCCUCCAAAGCUGCAAACGGAUGUACUGGGAGACAUUAGGUAUAUUAUAUAGACGACAUUUCAAAUUCGAAAGGAUGGAAGCAUUUUACCGCUUUCUCGUACUUUCGCCAACAGCAGGCCUCGAAGCCGUGCGGUCAAUUGAGCUCGACUGGUCCGGGUUCUACUACUGGGCGCGGUUCGAAGAAAAGGAGACUCUCGGGUCGCCCCUGAACCACAACGAGAGCUGGGAGGAGAUCUGCGGCGCCGUCGUAGGUAUGACGGGUCUGAGACGCCUGACGAUCCGCGUGCUGGCGUUCGAACACCCCCUGCUGGAGGACGAGUGGUAUUGCAUGAUAAGUAAGAUAGUAGCGCCGCUCGAGCUGCUGUCAAAUCGGGUGGAUUUUACGGUUCUUAUCCGGGAUGAGGAGCUUGGACGGAAUUUCCAGGAUCGGUUGCAUGAGGAGGGGCUUGAGAAGGUCCGAGUUAAUAGUCUUUCUGCGGCGUAA